CUCCUUGCCAAUAGCAUAUGUCAUUUAAUCUCCCCAAUUCGUACUUGUUGGGGAUCCUUCUCCUAGUUUCAACCCAUAGUGGUCCCCAGCUCGUGUUCAAUUACCCACCAGAUCUAUCUGCUGAACUGGCGGAUAAAUCACAUACUGCGAAACUCUUGUUGGACUCUGGUGAUGAAAGCGAAAAUGAGAACGAAGAGGAUGAAUAUUUGGCUGAAGAUCAAAACGAUGGUCGGGAGGAACGUUCCGAUGAACUGAAAUGGAAUACCAGAAAUGUCAAUUAUUAUAUGGGUACUAAAAAGGACUUGUUAAGUUUUCUAGAAGAUCAGGAAAAACAUAGAAAACCCGUUCCGACUACAACCUCUUCCAAUGUGGCUUCCACUACGGCAACUACAACCUCUGUCCCAAUGGGCCACUCCACUAUAACGUUUGAUGAUGAAGCACUGGCUUCGCCGUUGGAAAAGACAUUCAGUGGACGGAGUGGACGUAGUGCCAAAACCACGGGGGCACGAAGUGUAAAUAGUGCAACAGGUUUAGGGUCCACCAGCACCACAAACUUGUCUGGUGGACACUCUCUGCAACAAUUCAGUCUGCCUAGUACACCAACAACAUCAACACAUCAUAAUGGGACUUCUUCCUCGGGAAACUCUCCACCCAGUACUAUAUUUGGUAUAGAAACAGAUUAUCUCUGUGAAACACUCUGUCCCCCACGUCAAAUGUGUAACUCUCGAUUUGAGAUUCUAAUUGAUGACCUUGUCUUUUUAGGGUUGCCCAUACAUUGCCAUGAGAAUGGGAAAUGGAGAUCUAAAACUAAAACCACUAGUGAAGCUGCCCAACCAUCGACAAAUGAGAAAGAUUCAGGAACUUCUUCAUCGUCUACUCAUCCUCCAAUGAACAUGUUCCAUCUUGUAUUUAUCAUGAAUCCCCCCAUUAUUGAGACUAAUUACCGAAUUGAUGAGAUGUUCCACUAUGUCAUAUCCCGACUUACUUUAGUCUUACGGUAUGAACAACUGAAACAUAAUUACGUUUGGGAAGAAGUUAAAUUGAUUCACCAACUUAGAGAAGGGUUUCGACUGACAGGUCUCAGGAGGAACACUUCAUAUGGAACACCUGUUCAAAACGAACCAACUGAAACACCUGUGGCCCGGUCAACGUCCGGGAGGUCGAUCAGCAAUGCUCAUUUAACCAAUGCUACUCCUGAUGACUCAACAUCUUCACAUCACAGUGAUGGUUCAAGCUUGACUUAUCACCUUAUAACUCAUUCAUCACUUUGUAAAUUAAUUGCUGAAUGUUUCAGUUCCAUUUCACACUCGGAAAUUGCAAAUCUUUCCAUCAACAAUAAACUUCGAUCAUUUCAAAUCCCUAUCAAGACGGAAUUCCACUCAUUACCACAAACUACUGUCCCAUUCCUCCCAGGUUCGCAUCUUUCAUCUACAGUCAGUGUUUUAGGUAAUACUGGGUUGAUCAAUGUAGGUGAUACUACAAGGUAUGGAGGCGAAAACGCCAUUGCUGCCGGUAUUACAGGUGGCUUGGCAGCAGCCUCCGCAGCUGCUGCUGCUGCCGCUACAGGCAGUACUGGAUAUGAACCAUUUGAUGAAGAUGGGGACAGCUCUGAAGAAUCAUCAUCCAUUAUCUACUUUGCCUUACUUUUACUUGAUCAUCCUGAUAACAUUGUUCGUGAUAUUCGUGCAGAGCCUUCUUCUACACUUGCUAAAUUUAUACACACUAUAAAACCAACUGAAUCACUUGCAAAACUAUCUCAAAAGGUUAAAGGUGAUUCUUCAAAGAACUAUGAAUUGACUCAAAUUAAGCUGUUUGCGUUCCACCUUGUGUAUUGGCGCCGUGCUCGUGUUAUUCCACCGCUUAAUUCGAGACUGGUCUAUAUCGUUUCUCCUAUGGCGCCCAUCACUCUUAAUCUAUACUAUGAUAUGCAGACUUUCCAGCAACAAUUCCCAACACUUCCUUCACUCCCACAUUUUUUGAAGCUGCUUCUGUCAACUUCGCAAAAGCCGAAACAGUAUGCCACCAUUAUUCCUUCUCGUGACCACCGUGAUGGAUAUUUGGAUGCACUCGCGUGGCUUAUCCGUUACGGUUACGUAACCCAACUCCAUACCUUUAUUUGGCUCAAAAUUUCACGUAAAGUUAAAAUGAGAGUCGAAGAAGAUAUUGAGAACGAAGGAACUUCUAAGAAGGGUAGUAAGAGUAAGAGCAAAAGUAAGGGGAGUAUUGGUAGUAGGGGCUCAUUUGAGAGAACUGGUGGAGUUGCCGCAGUUGAUAAUUCCUCAAAAACUACUGAUGCCAUCAGUAAAUCCCCAAGUAAGACUGGGGCGUCAUCUGUGACCUCGUCCAUGGCGAAUAAUUCAAAAUCUACGGCUCCUGGUUUGCAAGCUCCUAAUAUUACCCUUGAAGAAGAUGGUGACUCCCUUAUUUUGGAUCCAGAUAGAGCGACUACCUUGGAACGUCGCUGGAUAAACAAAAUUGUCACUGAUGAAUGUAAACUUUCGCUAGAGCUUACGACAGUCUUCUACAAAUUGUUGAAAUACAUGAACGGAAAAUCAUCUCUUGAACUUCUUCUCUUGAAGGAAGAUAUAUCAAGGAUGGACCUCAGAAAACUUCUUUAUGCUAUUGAAGAUCAUAUAGUCUCUGUUAGACAUUGGUAAUUUUUAAUACAAUCAUUCUACCAGUUAAAGAUAUGUUACUUUUAUUCUAUAAAAUAU